UUACUGUGUGUGUGUGUGUAAUAUAUAUGUUAUAUAUUUACACAUACAGUGCUGCGAAAAAGUAUUGGCUCGUUUCUCAAUUUCUUAAGAUCUACCAAAUGUAAAUAUCAGACAACUAUAACUCAAGUGAACUUAAAAUGCUGUUUUUAAACGAUUUCAUUUAUUAGGGGAAAAAACUUGUCAAAGUGUGAAAACGUAAUGGCCCCCUAAACCUAAUAACUGGUUGGGCCAUCGUCAGCAGCAACAACUGAAGUCAGGUGUUUUCUAUAACUGGCAAUGGCUCUUUCACGUCUCUGUGGAGAUAUUUUGGCCCACUCUUCCUUGCAGAAUUGUUGGAAUUCAGCAAAAAUUGAGGGUUUUUGAGCAUGAACGGCCAUUUUAAGGUUAUGCCACUGCAUUUCAAUUGGAUUCAAGUCUGGACUUUUUUAUUUAUUUUUAUUUUUUUUAAGCCACUCGAAGUUGCCUUUGUGAUGUGUUUUGGAUCGUUAUUCUGCUGCAGAACCCAAGUGUGGUUUAGCUUGAGGUCACAAACUGAUGGGUGAACAUUCUCCUUCAGGAUUUUCUGUUCAAGAGCAGAAUUCAUGGUUCCAUCAAUCACAGCAAGUUGCCCAGGUCCUGAAGGAGCAAGCAGCCCAAGACCAUCACACUACCACCACCAUGUUUGACUGUUGGUAUGAUGUUCUUUUUCUCAAAUGCUGUGCUACAUUUAUGCCAGAUGUAAUGAGACACACACCUUCCAAAACGCCAGGGGUGGCUUUGCGCCCCUGUGCCUUCCUCUGGGUGGCUAGUUUUGUGGCGCCUCAGUGGGGCUGGUGAACCACCCUGGGUCCCUCGAUGAUGGUGGUGUCCGUCUACCGGGCCGCUCUCGAGUGGGCACCUGGGCAAGACCUCCCUCUCGGGUGGGUGGUGUGGGGUCCUCAGCCCUUGCAGUGCAGGUGCGGGAAGUACAGGUCAAUUCUGAAGGUUAUUGUGCAUGUGAGGCGGUGUCGAUUCACUUGCAUGUGUCCGUAGAUACCACUGGGACUUAAUCGCUUGGUGUGGGGCCACUCACUCAUUCAUAUAAAUAACUCAUAACUAUGCAAACUUCCUGGGUAUUCCCUCACUUGCACUCAGUUUCUUUAGCUGUUUCAAAUUGACAUAGCCACUCCCACCACACUUAAACUGUACGGCUGGGUCCACUUCCUGUCCUGCUUGCAUUCCCUCCAGUCCUUGUCUUGUCCAGUCCUGUCCAAUAUUGUCCUAUCCUUCCCUUUUCAUUGGUGUAGCACCACUGCCCCAUACAACACUCAAAUCUGUCUCAUUGUAGUAGGCAUAUGAUUCACUUUCCUCACCUGUGUUACAGCUAAUGUCCUGUCUUGUUGUCUCCUCUUCCUAUAUUAUUUAGUUAUCUCUCUCCCCCUUUUGUUUGUUCCCCUUAAAACUGUUCUGUCUGACUUAAUUUUCAAUAAAAAUCCGUCAUAAUACAAAGAACCACAGUGGCAGCUUAAAAACUCCACUGUUGCACAGUAAAACCUUUCCGGCAUAAAAGGGAUACAGAUCCUCCUUUCUACUUGAUCUAACAGCCGAACAGGACAAAAAAAAAAAGUAUUUAAAGUGAAAUCUCAAACUACUACCACCUCUUAAAUUAUUAGCUGCACUGAAACGCGAGACUGGUUCGAGAAUCGGAUCGCUUCUUCCCCCACUGUCAGAUAAAUUUGCCCACAUCAUGCCUCUGUGCAGAACAGAUGCGGCUGUGCUGCGUCCUCCCCUCUCCUAUCUCGCCCCCCCCCCCCCCCCGAACCCCCCUCCGGUGCACGGACUCACCCUUCCCAUCAGAGGAGCGCACUGUGCAUCCUCUCACUCAUUCCGGACUAUAGCGCUGCACCAAACAUAGGAGAGCGACAUAAUAGACACGAGACAUCUGACUUGAUUGAUCAAAACGUCGGACAUCUACUGCGUGGUUGCGGGACACGUUUCAACAUGAACGCUGCGUGCUUCUUCGUGCCUGUUGCUGUCCUGAUGCUGAGCCCUUGCUCUGUUGCUGCAAUUUCAACUAGAAGGUGUCAUUUCAUCUACAAGGGCUUUGCUCAGUGUCUCAUGGCGCUGGGCGACAGUCUAACGGACAGCGCGCGCAAGGAUGAAGACACACAUGAGAUACACUCCAUUUGCAGAUCAUGGGAUGACUUUCAUGACUGCGCCAAUGUGGCGAUGGCCGGCUGUCCAGAGGAAGCAGCGACCGUCUGGGAGUCUCUCCGCCAAGAAUCCAAGAAGAUGCAGUUUUCAGGAAACCUCUACGACAUGUGCUCCAACCGCAACAGUCACACAUUAACCUCAGGGUCCCACAUCCAAGGAGAGCUCAACCAAGAGUCUCUAAGAGGGCGAGUCAGUCGUUUGGCAGCUUCCUACUACUUUACCAUGCUUCUGUCUCCUCUGUUGCUGCUGUUUUGAACAGAACUGCCUAAACACAAUGGGACUUGUGCAAAUAUGAAUUUUGUGCAUUUUCACCUCCAACCUUCCUCACUGUCCGCCUUUUCCUAAACACCAGAAGAGAGGAAUGCAUGCUUUCUUUCUGAAUUUCCAUAAUUCUAUUUCUUACUGAUUUAAACUGGCGUUAGCUGAGACUUGUACAUAGUUAAGACAAAAAAAAGAAAAGCCAUGUAUCAACUAUCUGUCUUUCAUUUGUCACAUAAAGUACAAGCUUGUAACAAGAGCUGGCCAAAAAGGACAGCGCAAGGGCCCAUAUCCAAUGUCCUGUUCAGGUUCAUCCAAAACAGCAGACAACAAGACUUUUGCCUUUAUGUUACUGGCUUUUAAAAGAACAUUUUUCAAGACUAACUCCAAGGAUUUUCACAGUGUGUAGCGUGUACAGCUUAUCUUGACUUUAAGGUGCAUGUUUCAAUAUCAAGUACAAAAAGCAUGAUAUACUGUACCUUGGUUUAACUGCAAUGCUCUUUUCCUUCAUGAUCAGCCCUUAUCUACUACAGAUGAGGUGGAGAUGAGCGCUAUAAGAUUUAUCCAAUUGAUAGCACAGAGCAGUAGUGAUUAGCACAUUUGCCUCAGUUUGAAGAUUCGGCUUCCUCGCCACGUUUCAAAGACAAGCAUGUUAGGUUCAUUGAUGACUUUAAAUUGUCUUAAGGUGUGGAUGUUAGUUUGAAUUAAUGUGCCCUGUGCUGGUGAUCAGUCCAGGGUGUGCCCCCCUCUCCCAAAAUCAUCUUGGAUUAUUUUUAGAUGACCCACAAUCCUAAUGAGAACAAGUGACAACGGAUCAAUUGGUGCUUUAUUUAAUCUGAAUAACAUUAUGAAGCAAUAUUCCCACAAUCAUUAGCCAUUUUCAAUAGUUUAUUUUUUUCCUGGUCAGGGUUGGCUAUCCUAGCUCACUUUGGGUGAAAGGCAGAGGACACCCUAGACUGGUUGCCAGUCAAUCUAAUGGACAAUAUAGAGACAGACAAUGAGUCACACUCAAAACCACAUUGUUACUGAAUUAGAAAUGAACCCACGCUUCCCGAAAAGAAGUCAGGGAAACCACAUGACCUUCACUGACCCCAGCCACUGUCAUUAUUUACAAUGCAAAUCCAAGGGGCAAGUUUUCACAAAACAGACAAAAUAGUAUUUGCUUUUAUUUUGUUUCUCCAAAUGUAAUAUCAUAAAAUGGUUAACACAAUUGAUGCACAACCACUAGAUGUGUAUUCAUCUGUUUUCUAUACUGUUUAGCUUGUUCAGAGUCACAUUAUAGAUGGAGCCUUUCCCAGCUGAUUUAAGGGAGUCUGAUUAAACCAAUGGUAACUGGGGGAGUAUGACUGGGGCAUUGGUGGGGACUUGAGCAUACACUAAGAGCAGCUGCAUGAAAGGCAAUUACCACAUUAACAGCGACCAAUGCAUGUACUGAAUGUAUGUACAGUAGAUUUUCACAAUUCAGGUGCAGCUAUAGACUCACAAAAGGUGAGCCUAACAGGUAUGAUUUUGGGAUGUGGGAGGAGGCCAGGUGGCACGGUGUACAACUGGUGAGCACAUCUGCCUCACAGUUCUGAGGACCCGGGUUCAA